AUGAAGCGGCGUAGCCAGUGAACGCUAAGCGGGGAACUUCGUGAACGCUGCUGCCCGCUGAGGAGGAACUUGGGGUGGAGGGCGAGGGGGAGCCCGGAGCAGGAAUAGCUGUGGCCAGCCCAGGAAGGCCACGGAGUGAGGGAGGUCGCCCUGGCGGCGGAUGGGGAUCACUUCCUACAAGUCGCAUAGUGCGCGAAGCCUAGGCCACCUUGGGUGACCCUCGUUGCCUUGCCUCCCUCUCUCGCCUCCUGCUCCCGAAGACGGGGUGACUUCUUAACUACGGCGGGGGAGGGGGAAGCACUUGGGUCUUGGUCGCUUAGGCAUCACUUCAGAUCCGCCUCCGCUUUGACCCCUUUGCAAACCACCCCAAAUAGUAUGGUCGUGAAGACUGCGGUCCUGCGCACACUUGCUUGCUUGGCGGUAAACCCCGCUGGCCACAAACCGUUUUUCUUUUUCGUAAACGUUCUUAGGAUCCGGCUGCUCUCUUCUCAGUUCUGUGACUCCUUGCCGAGUUCAGGCGCUGGACAAAAAGUAGUGUGUGGCCCAGUCUCCUCGAUGUGCUCUAAUGCAAGAUUCAAGAUGUGAAAGAAUCUGGGACAGAAGAAUUUUGCUGACUUAGUGUAGGUCAAAGAGAGCAGCAUUAUGUGCCUGGAAGCCCUGUUGCAAUUAAUGGGAGUUGCCCAGGAAUAAGGAUAGGCAGACUGUGUAUCCAUUAUCAUACUCAGUUAAGUAAUUCUAAACAAUUCUUGCUUAUUCUGUAGAACUACUAGUGUAAUGGGCAGAAUGUUAAGAUAUGGGAUGGGAAGAUCCUUGUUUGAAUCUUCACUAGCUGUGUAGCUUAUUCAGUGAUAAUGAGCCAGUAAUUCUCAGGCUUAAUCUACCUAACAGGACUGUUGUGAGGACUACAAGAUAACCUCAAGUUUGUUGCUCUACACUCCUUGAUGAAGCAGAUACAAAUGUCUGCUUAUUUCAUCCUAGGAAUACAAGUGUGAUAAAUAACUUUUCCCCCUAGAGACAGUUCGGAAAACAUGCAACUCAAUUAUACUUUUGCAACCUCAUAAUUAAUUUUGGAUGUGAAAGAACAUGCUUUGCUCUUUAAGCCUGAAGUGAGAAAAACAUAUCUGAAGAGAUGCCGGUCUCACUGCUGUUCUAGUUAGAAGUAAAUAAUGUUCAAAAUAUGUUGUGUGCUGUUAAAAAACUGAACCAAUAGGCACAAUACUCAGAUGGGAAUUGAAGAAGAAGAUGAUGAUGCAGCUUCUGAAAAGUAAAGCAGUGUACAAAUUGUCAUUAAGUGCCACCCCAGAUUUUGGCUGUCUCCCAUUUUACAGUAGUUAGUGUACGAAAGGAUAUUUAUUUUAAAUACGUGUGUUUUUCGUCAUUGAUUUAGUGAAGGUCUGUGGAUACCUGGUUUCAGGAUUUUUAUAGAUAUAGAUAUAGAGAGAGAGAGCGUGCGCGCGCAAGAAAGCAAGCCUUAUUGGUUUAUACUAGUGAAGUGAAGCAGAUUAUGAUUUGAAGUGCUAAAUGAUUCAAGUUGAAAAGUAGAUCUUUUCUUCUGUAGUGCACUGCUUGCUAUGUAGUAAAGCCUUGAAAGCAAGACAAAUUCUAUGUAACUAGCUGGCCCUGUGCAGAACAUCUGUGCCCUAGUUCUCACUUUCUCACCCCUCCCCAGACAAUCCGGCUCACUGCCCUGCCUUCCCCUGCUCUCCCAUCCUUAAGCCGCCCCCUGCCAUCCGGGAUGACAGCAGAUGUAGUGAAACCUUCCCCACUCCACCCCCCAUGACUCUCACUCGCUCCCCCCCAUGACCUUCGCUCUUCCCUAUCCUUCAGCCUCCCCUUCCCUUCCUAGGGUGAGCGGCAUCGCGGAGGCCUUGGUUGGCUCCUACCAGCGGCCUCCAUCGUGUUGCCUGGCCAAGUCUGCUCGUGAGGAGAACGGCCAAGCCGGGGCUUCCCUUUUGGCCUGCACAGAUGACCCUCAGUGCGCUCUUUUGCCCUGGUCAUCGUCCUUGUGAGGAGACUCUGCAGGGCGAUGGGAGCCACUGCUUAGUGUCUCCUCUUCUUUCUUCCUUGUUGCCGUGGCGCCACCUCCUCGGCCCUCCCUUCUCCUCAGCAGCUGCCCCUCUGUCCACCGCUCAACCCUACUCCAUGCCUUCUCUCUCCUCUGGACAACUCUCGUGAGAUGUACUACGUACCAUGGGAUGUGCGACAUAUAUCCUAAGGCUUUUAAAUCUGUUCUAAGGCUUUUAAAUAUGUAGAUAGUACUUGAAGAAUACCUUUUAUGUGCAAAGUGGAAGGAAAAAAACCAUUUCGGAUUUAGCAGAAUGUCAAUAUUUUUGCAUUCAUAAUAGGCUCCUGUCCCUGAUGUGGUGUUCAAAAUGUAAAAAAAUUGGGUCCUUAUUUUUUAUCAGUGUUUGACAUAUUCCUCAAUUUCUUUUACACGAAUUAUUAGCAGAUCUCUGAAAAGAGAACUUAUAUUUUUAAGAGAUGACUAUUGCUGCCUUGGUAUAACAGUGGUUCAACAACUGAUGGAUAUGUGCAUAAACUGGAAAAUAAUAAUUUAUUUUUACAUUUCUAUCUUGCUCUUCCUACAGGGAGCCCAGAGCAGUGUACAUGGUUAUGUGUAUCCUCACAACAUCCCUGUAAGGUAGAUUUGGUUAAUAGAUAAGUGAGUGACCCAGAGUCACCCAGUGAGUUCCAUGGCUGAAUGAGAAUUUGAACUUGGGUCUUUCUGGCCCUAUUCCAAUACUCUUAACCACUAUACCAUGUUAGCUACUAAUAAUAUUCAAAUCUAAGUAUUCAUUACUUUGAAUUAAAAAGAUAACUAUCUAGAUUCUUUUUUAAAUUUUUUUUUAUUUUUACAUUUAUAUCCCGCUCUUCCUCCAAGGAGCCCAGAGCAGUGUACUACAUACUUGAGGUUCUCUUUCACAACAACCCUGUGAAGUAGGUUAGGCUGAGAGAUACAUGACCGGCCCAGAGUCACCCAGCUAGUUUUAUGGCUGAAUGGGGAUUUGAACUCGGGUCUCCCCAGUCCUAGUCCAGCACUCUAACUUUUAAAAGCUGUCGUUUUCUUCUGUCUGCUGAGGGAAACAGAAUAACUUCAGAGCAAGUUGCAGAGUUCUCAGCUGGUGGCAGCCCUGCCUGGAUCGCCAGGAUGGCUUAGGAAUACCUUGGUGCUGUAUCUGUGAUGGAAUUUAAAAAAAAACAGUCUAGGAUGAACUGGAUUCUGCUGUAUGAAUGUCAAAAUUCAGAUGGGUGAAAUUUGAAUACUCUUGACUUGGAAAAAGAUAAUUUCACAAAUCAUUUUAUAUAACAAGGGAUGAAAAACAUGAGAGAGAAUGAAGAACUGGUUCCCUGUCCCAAGCUUACAUUUGGCUUCAUGGUUUUUCUCAGUAUUGGAUCGAAAUUUGCAGCUUUAAGAAAAUAAAGUAAACUAAGAGAAGUACUUGAAACAGCUAACAAAAUAUAAAUCAACAUCACAAUAGUAUAUCCUAAAUGUGCUUAAUGGGCAGAGCAAACCAGCAGUAUGGAUGAUACAAAGACAAAUACUGAGAUUGGUGCUAAAGAAGGACUGCUAGAUGACAGCAAUUUCAUCUCUGAAAAAAGGAGUGGCAUUCCCAAAUCACAAGAGAAUGAAACGUCAUUUCAAAAAAAUACGUUAACUCUGCCUGAAGAGCUAUCAAGGGACAAGUAUGAAAAAGCCUUAAGCGGAGGCCAGAAGUCUCUGUUUAUACACACUGGUGCUCCUACUGUUUCUAGUGAAAACUUUCUCCUGCCUACAGGAACUGCUCUUAAUGGACCAGUUUCACACUCCACUCUAACUAAGACUUCCAAUAUGAAUAAAGGCAGCAUUUCAUUAACCACUGCACAAACUGUAGACCACCAAGCAGAUUCCUGCUCAAGUGUGAAGGUGGUACAUGAUCUUCAGCUUCCUACAAAGACUUCAGCCCAAAAUUCAAAUCAAGUUUUGAUUUUGUUACCUGAAGCAGCACAUGCUAAGAACCUGUCACAUUCCAUAAAAAAACUACCUCCCUCUGCUUCAGUUACUUGUGAUACACAGCCGUCUAUAGGAAAAAGCAUAAAAACAGACAGCACUUUAGUAAGCCAAGUAGAUAUAUGUGAGGAUAGCAAAAGUUCUCUAGAAAAAGACGAUGGUAACAAAUCAUUAACUGGCAUGUCCUCAGGUACAGGUGACUUCAAAACAGAAAGUGAUACAAACUGGGAUCCACAAAAGGAGUUCAUAGAAUUUCUCAUGACAAAUGAAGACACUAUAGAGAAGUCACCAGUUCCACCUAAAGUGGGUGUACAGAAAAGGAGAAAAAGAAAGAUGGAUGUUAGCAAAAUAACACGUUAUACUGAGGACUGUUUUAAUGAAUCAAAUUAUAUUCCUGACAACUCAGAAUCACUAGAUAAUGAGUUUUUGGAGCAGAGUGAGAAUCUACAAGUAGAAUCGCAGAAAUAUUCAUUAGCAAAAGUGAAGCCUGAAUCAACAGACGAGGAGUUGGAAGUUGUGGAUGCCAUCCAGCAGUUGAUUUAUAAUCCAAGUCAUAAAUGUGCAGAUGAUACUUCUCCUGUUCACACUAGCACUUUUCUUUCUAAUACUCUAUUAAACAAAUGUGAACAAGAUGAUGUAGAAUCACCAUCUAAUUUCAGUACUGAUGAGCCAUCAUUUUAUCCCUGUACAAAGUGCAAUGUGAAUUUUAGGGAAAAGAAACACCUGCACAGGCACAUGAUGUAUCACUUGGAUGGCAAUAGUCACUUUCGUCAUUUAAAUGUUCCAAGGCCUUAUGCAUGUAGGGAAUGUGGCCGGACCUUUCGAGACCGCAAUUCCCUGCUUAAACAUAUGAUAAUUCACCAGGAAAGAAGACAAAAAUUGAUGGAGGAAAUUCGUGAAUUGAAAGAACUUCAGGAUGAGGGUAGGAGUGCACGAUUACAGUGUCCACAAUGUGUAUUUGGUACCAAUUGUCCCAAAACCUUUGUGCAGCAUGCUAAAACCCAUGAGAAAGAUAAAAGGUACUAUUGCUGUGAGGAAUGUAACUUCAUGGCAGUGACAGAGAAUGAACUUGAAUGCCAUCGAGGGAUUGCUCAUGGGGCAGUGGUGAAAUGUUCAAUGAUCACUACAGAUAUAUCCCAGAGAAAAACACAGAAAAAGGCACUAGUGAAAGAUUCCUACAUGGAAUCAUCAAAAAAGUCAGCUGACUAUAUGUGUAAAUUGUGUCCAUUUGCUACAUCAGCCAGAAGCAUAUUAAAAAAACAUGUGGAAUACUUGCACCCAACAUCAUGUAUAGAUCCUUUUGGUAGCCGGCUUAGAUUAGAAAAAAGAAAAAGUCAAGCUAUAGAGGAACCUUUAGAGUUUGGUAGCAGGACUAAACAUUUGAUCAAACAAUCAUCUACCUUUCCAAAGAACUCUGUUCUAAAACAAGAUACAAAAAGACCAUUUGGCUCUGCGUUCCAGUCAAGUAACUUUGCAAAACUUCACAAGAGACCCCCCAGGAUACAGAAGGCUCGGAAAAGCGUUGCACAGUCAGCUGUAAGUGUGUACAGUCAAAGCUCUACAGACAAGCCUAUUUUGAAUAGAAAUAGCACUGGCCAAAAACCUAAAUAUUUACACCUUGCAGGAAAGCAAAAGGCUAGUGUCAAAGCUAGCAGUAAUUAUUUAUAUAGAGACAAACAUGAAAAUCAUAGGAUUAAAAAAUAUAGCAGCCCUUAUUUUUUACACUUAAAAAGGGACGCUGCAAGAUCUGUCAGGUCCUUACCUUUAUUGUCAUCAAAUAAUUCUCAUAAUAGAUUUAUUAUGGAUUCCCUUAACUAUGAUGCAAAAAGACCAGGAGUCUAUAAAGAUAAGCUUGUAACUGUAAAAAGAUUGGUUAAAAGACCCAAAAGGGAAUGCUCUGUAACAGGAGAUGAUUUGGACAGUUAUCCAGACUUUCUACAUAAAAUGACUGUUGUUGUUUUGCAGAAACUUGCUGGGAAAAAAGACAGCUAUGAAACGGAGGAUGAAAGUUCAUGGGAUAAUGUUGAACUGUGUGAUUACACUACACGGUCUGUGGAGGAUGGCUCUUACAGUGAUAUUAAUCAGGAGCAUGUAAACCUGUUCCCUUUAUUUAAAGGUAAAAUUGAAGAAGAAGCUGGUGGUAAAUCCUCUCUUAGAUAUGAGCAAAAUGAUGGAUUUUAUUUUGAAUAUUAUGAAGAUGGCGAAGGUAGCAAUUACCUGAAUGAUUUCCAAGAUCCUCAUAAUUUAGAAAACAUAGGCACAACAUUGCCUAAGCAUAACUCAGUUUUCCAUUGGACUGACUUAUCGCUUGAGAAAAAAACCUGUCCAUAUUGUCCAGCAACGUUUGAAACUGGUGUUGGAUUGUCUAAUCAUGUCCGUGGGCAUCUUCACAGAGCUGGGUUAAGCUAUGAAGCGCGCCAUGUUGUUUCACCUGAGCAGAUAGCAACAAGUGACAAAAUGCAGCAUUUCAAAAGAACUGUGACUGGAACCCCUGUUAAACGAGUAAGAAAAGCUAUUGAGAAAUCAGAAAGUUCUUCAGAACACACAUGCCAGCUCUGUGGAGGUUGGUUUGACACUAAAAUUGGAUUAUCUAAUCAUGUUCGCGGACACCUAAAAAGGCUUGGUAAAACCAAGUGGGAUGCACACAAAUCUCCAAUCUGUGUUCUAAAUGAGAUGAUGCAAAAUGAAGAAAAAUAUGAAAAGAUCUUGAAAGCAUUGAACAGUCGGCGUGUUAUUCCCAGACCGUUUGUUGCUCAGAAACUUUCAUCAAAUGAUGACUUUUUAUCUCAAAAUGUUAUACCUCUUGAAGCAUACCGCAAUGGCCUAAAAACAGAAGAUAUAUCGGUGUCUGCGUCAGAGGAAGAAGGGCUGAAUUUCCUCAAUGAAUGUGAUGAAGCAAAAUCAGUACUACAUGAUGAAAAAAAAAAUCAGUCACUUACACUGAUAGAACUUUUGAAAAACAAAAGGUUGGGAGAAGAAAGAAAUCCUGAUAUCUCUCCACAAAAGUUCCAAAAUCAAACUGCAAGAAAGAGGUUUGUUCAAAAAUGUGUUCUUCCAUUAGAUGAAGACAGUCCUUUGACGUAUCAGCCACAAAAAAUGGAUUUGACUAUGCAGUCAGGUAUGCCUGUGAAGCUUAGAACGUGUGUGCAUUGCAAUACGGCGUUUACAAGUGCUGUUAGCCUGUCCAACCACUUACGCGCUUAUGCACGAAAGAAGAGUGCUGGACUUUUGACUGGGACAGCCAUAGAUUGUAAGCAAAAAAAAUCAAGAUCAAGAUCUGGGAGCAAGAAAAAAAAUUUGCCAUUACCUCAUGGUGCUGAUGAAGUUUACAUACUCCGGUGCAGGUUUUGUGGUCUGGUCUUUCGGGGACCCUUGUCUGUUCAAGAAGACUGGAUAAAGCAUCUGCAGCGCCACAUUGUCAACGCAAAUCUUCCUCGGACUGGGGCUGGCAUGGUGGAAGUCACAUCACUGCUUAAAAAACCUGCCUCAAUUACUGAAACUUCAUUUUCUUUCCUGAUGGCUGAAGCAGCUUCAUAGAACAUGAAAACACUUUACAUUUGCAUUGGAUGUACAUUUGAAAUACUUUUGUUAGUUUUUUUAAAGUUAAAAUAAAUUAUCUGAAGCAGGUAAAUGGUAAAAAGAAUGACAGUUAACAUCCAAACAACUGAGUACUUAAAACAGUUACCGUAAGUAGUCUUUAUAUUUUAUAUAGGGUGGAAGCUGUGUUUUUAAAGUUUACUAUGUUUUUUGUCAAUUACUGUGUUCACUAUUGAUACAAGCCCAUUACAUGUAAGCAGCCGUUUUUAAAUCGUUGCACAUGGGUACUUAAGAUAGGUUUUAUGAAAAGAAAACAUUCUUUACAGUGUUACCAGAAUCAAUGCUCUGUUUAUUAAACAAAACAAAAAACCCUUGCUAAGUAAAAUAUUAUAUUUUGUUUGUAUGUAUGUAGUGUUUUGUACAAUACCAAGAAAUGCUAAUGCAAUUUACUCAAUUUAGGGCAUUAAAUAUCAUGUACUUCAUAGUUCAAGAGACUGUUCCAUUCAAAUAGGGCAGUUAGUACUAUUCUAUCUAGCUGUGUAUGUGUUUUUUAAUCACAUGAGACUCUUUUGUACUAAAAGUGGAGGGAAACUUGUUAAACAAAUUUCUAAAAAAUACACCUAUGUACAUAGUACUGGAAACUAUUUGUGGUAAGGAAAUAUUCUUUACUUCACUUGCAUUUCUCACUGACAAUAAAAUGGUGCAUCCAUGCUACCUCCAACUUUUGUCAGCAGUAAUGAUAUUUACCCUUUCCAUUUGUUGCAUCACACAGUUUUCUUUAUUGCAAGGCGCCUUUUUUGCUAUCAAGUCUUUCUUUUGAUGCUUUGCUUAAAGGUAUGAGUUGCUUACAGGACAUUUUUGCUGCCUCUUUUAUUUAAUCCUGUAGAAAUGUUCUAAAAAGCAUUGCUCACUACAGGGCUUAGCCUAGACCUCUCAUUUUACCUUUGUUUUAAAAAAAGCAUAACACCAUUGGACACAGAAAGGUUUCUACAUUUGAAGAGAAUGUUUACAAUUCGAAUUUUAGUUGUUUUGGGUGUAAUUAUAUGUAUGAAAACUGUAACACUAUGCUCAUGCUAAGGACCUAUUUACAGAUUUAUUGAAAUAAAUGUGCUGUGAGGAUGGAAUAAUAUGAUGCAGGUGUCUUGGUCACAAAUAUUGGCUGUCAACAAAAAUGAAAUGUCACUUUUCAACAAACAAGCAAAUUCCUCUUUGAAAACUGGUUCUGUAAUGCAAGUAGUGUUUCAUUUUAUUCAUGUAGGGUGACUAAUACUGUAGUUAAGCCAAGAAAAUGCAUUGAUAUUGUUUUGCUUGUAAAUAAAGUUAUAAAAGCAGUUGAGAUGUGAGGAGUAUUUUGGUGGAGAAUAUACAUACCUCACAGCCGGUGAAAUUGCUUUCCUCAUGGUAUAUCUCCUUACCAAGAAUAUAUCUCUCUAAAUAAAAAAAGUUAAAAGAAAA